GGAAACAGACGACCCGAACAGGAAGCCUUCAAAAGAGGGAAAAACAGCACAGCAUUUGGCCAAUGGGGGUUUUCCACUGUGUAGGAUUCAACAAGUGAUGAAGUUUACAGAUGAAGGAGGAGACGUGAGCAGUUCAAGGGGCAGAUAAGAAGUAUCGGAGGAAACUAAAAUUCAAAGUCGAGUUUCAGAGUAAUCUUGAUUAUAGUUUGAGAGGUGAACUCCGGUGUCGGGCAAAAGCGAACACAGACUUUGAAGAAUAAGCGAUUUUUUUAUUUUUUAAGAAUCAGCUUCUACUGAAUGGGAAUCAAUGUCUCAGAAAUGCUCGGACGACUGGUAUUUCAGCAAGGAUGGACGCUGCUGUAAUCGCUGUAACGCAGGCAUGUAUAAGGAGAAGGACUGUGAUGGGAAGACACCCACAAAAUGUGCAGACUGUAAAAAGGGGCACUUUAUGGCCACCAGAAAUCACAUGGACCAGUGUCGUAGCUGUAAAACGUGCAACUCCCAAAAGAAGCUGAAAACUCUGCGAGAGUGUACGGCCUGGGCGGACACAGUCUGUGAGUGUGUGUCGGGGUUUUACUGCAGCGACUCCGGCUGUGGACACUGUCUCCAGGUGACGCAGUGUCUGGAGGGACAUGGGGUCAAAGUUCAAGCGUCUCGGACAAAUGACACAAUCUGUGCCCCGUGUGAGAGUGGCUUCUUCAGUAACGUGUCAGACCACAUCUCUCCGUGUAAACCCCACACCAAAUGUGAAGACAUUGGGAAAGAGCUCCAAACUCCAGGGACUUUGACAACAGAUGCGGUCUGCAGAAAUUUGACACCCUGCUCCUGGUGGCUGCCCGCGGGUCUGUGGAUCGGGCUGGUCGUGACAUCUGCUCUGCUCAUUGCUGUGGCUCUGUUUCUUAGGUGGAGAAAACGUCAGAGACGGCACAAAGUGAGCGGAAGUCUUACUGAGGUCCCUGUGGGUGUGAUCCCAGCAGAAGAGGUCCAGCUGAAGCUCCCUCUGCCCUCAAAGGAGCUGAGCGGACUCUACCAAGAAGAGACCUACACCCCGUCUUACACCUGUGACCUGCCGGCUUACGAAUCAGAUGAAAUGGAGCUCAGCUGUGACGGUCUGGACCAUGAGGACAUCAGCGUUCCCAUCACUCCACUCAAAGCCUCAGUCUCUUUUAUGGAUUCAACUCAUUUAGACGAGAGCUCCAGAUACUGCAUCAACAACUACCACAGAACCAUCUCAGAACCCCAGGAGGACGAGUGGAGCGAGACAUGACAAAUCUAAGAAGAAAAAACAACCUUCGCCAUUUUUAAAAAAGUUUUCUGGAACUAUGGGAAGGUCGGGUGAGAUGAUUCCCACUGGACCUACGCAAGAUUGGAUCCGUGAGAAUGAGCCAGGAUGAGAUUUUUACAUCAUUUUUACAAGACUAUUCUUACAAUUUAAGUCUCACAAAUUUUUAUUUCUGUUUUGUUGUCAUGGUUGCACUUCUUUUUGAAAACACAACUUAUCAAGAGGUCUAACUCACAAGCGUUUAGUUCUGUGUAAAUUAAUGUGGGAAUCUCACAAGAUAGUUCCCACAUGUGUGCACGAUCUCGUAGCAAUUUCAUCUCACCUUGUUCAUCUUGUUUCAACUCUAGAAAAUAUACGUUUCAUGCAGGACAUAGUCAAAAGCAGGGUAUUGUAACUACGCUGCCCCCUGGAGGACAUAAGGAAGAGGUUCAUCUGUAUAUAAUACUAUGUACUGUACCUAUGCAAAACCUUGACACGUUUCAUUAGUUUAUUUAUUUAUUUUUAUGCUAUUACUAUUACUUUCACUUGUGUAUACUUCUUGAACUCUAAACUGGUAAAAAGGGACAAAAAUAAUUCCGUUGUUAUUUAAGAACUAUAAAAAUAGCAGCUGACAAGAUUGGAGUUUUGAACAGUACCAGUCUGCUGCACUAUUAAAAUGUGAAAAACUAAAAUAUUAUCUAUACUAGUUUUGCAAUAAUGGCUGCGAGUUGUUUGGUAAGUCUAGAAUGACAUUUUUAGGUGUUAUUUAUAUUUUUAUACAAAGAGAAAUCAGUCUGGUCACCACUUCUUCCAUCAUGUCUCGAGCCAGAACCAAACAUGACUGCAUUUCCUUCCUACGUCUUUUUAUUUAUCUUUUUUCCUCGUAAUUGUAUUGAUACAGACCGGACGAUGCAUUUCCCUGAUUGGCUGAUCCACCUGUCAAUCACGGUCGUCUGAAAACACGGAGAUUAACCAGUGACCAGACUCACAUCAUCGUGAAGUUUUGAAGAAGUGUGUUUUCUGUGACAGAUCGCUGCAAAAGCUGAUGUCUUAUAGGAGGAUUUGAAAUGACUUGAAUUCAGAAAGUGUUCUCCCUCUCUCUCUAACCCAUUAUCACCUUUCUCCCUCACUCCCCCUCUCUCAAUCAUAACCUCUCUUCCUCUCUCUCACACCAUCCAUAGCUUUUCUCUCAGCUCUCUACCUCUCCCCAAACUCUCUCUCUACUCUUCUGUUCGCCAACCUCUCCACGCAAUUCCUCCCUGUUUCUCUCUCUUUCUCUGUCUCUCUUUGCCUCCCUCUUUGUCUCUCUCUCUCUCCAUCUUUCUGUCUCUCUCUUUGUCUCUCUCAGUCUUACUCUUUCUGUUUCUCUCCCUCUCGCUGUCUCUCUGUCUCUUUCUCCCUCUCUUUCUCAGUCUGUCUCUCUCCGUCUCUCUGUCUUUCAUCCUCUUUGUCUCUAUCUCUCUUUGUCUCUCUUUGUGUCUCUCUCUCUCUCUUCCUCUCUCUUUCACCCUCUCUGUGUCUUUCUCUUUGUCUCUCUCUCCCUCUCUCUUUCUCAGUCUCUUUCUUAGCCUCUUUCUCAGUCUCUCUUUGUGUCUCUCUCUCCCUUUCUUUCUCAGUCUCUCUGUCUCUCUCUCUCUUUGUGUCUGUCUCUUUCUCAGUCUCUCUCUCUCUGCCCAUCACCCCCUCUCUCUCUCCCAUUUGAAAUGACUUGAAUUCAGUGUAAAAGUGCAACUUGUUUCGCGAAGAUCUACUUUAUUUGAUUUCUUUUCGUGUAUUUUACUUUUUCGUGCAACUUUUCGUACCACCACCUGUUUGUGUGGACGUGUUAUUGAUUUGCAGUGUCAAGUUUAAUUCUACACUAUGAACAUUUUAUGCAAACCAAUAACAUCCCUUUGGAGACGUACAGGUGUGGUGCUCUUCAAUAGAAAAGUUUCACCAUAAAUCUUGAAAAAUACUGGUUCUCUGUUUAGAUAUUUAACAUUGUGUAGAUGAUGUAGCCAAACUGUGAUUUCCAGUGGACAAUUUGCCACAUAGUCCACGCCUUUUCUUUCAUAUAGUGUAUUUUUAUAAUCUCAUGAUAAUAAAAAAUAAGCAGUAAAGCAGA